GUAUGGUGUGUUGACCUGAUGGUAGCGACCUGGGUAUAGCUGCAACAGCUGUGGAAAUUUACCAAACUCUUUACAUUUUCUGCCCACAUUCUACAUUUCAGCGUAGCAGUUGUUGUUUUUCACUCCGUAAGUGUCCCUGAGAGUAGCAGCCCUGCAUUCCAAAAAGGAAGACGAGUAUUUUACCAUGAGCUCAGACGAUGGUGACUUGGAGAACCAGGCUGAGCUGGAAGAGAAGACGAGGCUCAUCAACCAGGUGCUGGAGCUUCAGCAUACUUUAGAGGACCUGUCUGCCCGGGUGGACGCUGUCAAAGAGGAGAACCUGAAGCUGAAGUCGGAGAACCAGGUUCUGGGUCAGUACAUAGAGAACCUCAUGUCUGCCUCCAGUGUCUUCCAGACCACUGACACCAAGAGCAAACGAAAGUAGGAGAACAUUGAGGGACAUACCCCCCCCCACACCAAACAUCUGAUCCCAAACCAGUCUUGAUGACUGGACUCUGUUAUCAUCUCAAAUACUGCUUAAUGCUGCUAUUUGUAAGUUUUGCUAUCACUAAAUAGCAUAAAAUAGCAUUAACAGCUGUUUACUCAACAGUCUAGAGGAAAUGUAGCGAGUUUGGCAUCAAACUUCAUUUCUUUACUCGCCAAGCGCUGUCUCCAGUGUUGGAAAGCAAUGCCAAUCUUAACUCUUGUUUUGCUUCUAUUUCUAUCACCUCUUUUCUUCUACUGAAGUUAGCUUGCUAUCCAGCUAGCCCCAGCUCGGCCAGCCUGUCUCGUCACUUUCUGAUAGUGAGUCACUGUAGCAUCCAGGCUGCCCUGAGGAAGCAGCUCUGAUCAGAGGGUGUGUUAUAUACCCCUUGUCUUGUAAACACAAUGGCUGAAGCUCUCAGUAAGCAACCAUCACCACCACCUGCUUUUGGCAAGAAACCACAUUUAGCAGCAAAAAAAACUUACAAAUAGCACCUUUUAAGCCUAAAACAUGUUUCUGAGUCUGCAGGUAUAGGCAUUUGUCAUUACCUUAAAUUGUGCACAAGGUGGCAUGUUGCAUUUAUCAAAUAAGAACGUACAGGAAACAAAAGAAAUAUCCAACUGAAGCCGGAUUUUACAAUUCAGGUAAAGAAGUCUUAAAAUAAAGACCCAUGAUUUUAUGGAGCUCAGCUAGCAGAUAUGCAUCACAGGUUAUUGAAAUGUAGAAGCUGAAUAUUCCAUUUGAGCUGUGAUAAUUGUAAAACUCCUUGCAAAUGUAUGCAAAGAUGUGUCUUUUCAGAAGCACGUUUUAGCCCUCAGUCAGCUUAAAGCCAGAUCCACAUCAAACUUCAUUCAAGUCCCAGGAUGCUGACUACUGAGCAACAGUAGACCCAACUCCAAACAGGUGCGAUUCCCCAAAUCUUCCACCAAUUACAAAUAUCCAGUUCUGUAGUGAGUGAACAGCAUGAAAAAGUAAAUAACAGACUGUAGUAGUGACAAAGCUUCCCCACUUCAGUACAAGCUCUUGUAUUUGAACCACAUUGUGUAAACUAUGGUUGUUGGUUAAAAAAUGGACUUGUACUUUUUCGGCAGCUCUUAUUUUGACCUAUGGCAGAUAUAUUGGUAUUGGCAUAUAUAUUGCUGUUAAUUUUGAGCCUCUGAAAAUGAAGGACUAUAAAAAUGGCUGUAAGUCCUAAACAGUUAAUGUGGUAUUUUUGUUAAACCCCUUGAAUUAACGCUGAAAGUCUACACUUCAAUCACCUCUUGAUGGCAUCCUUUUAAAUCCAUUGUUGUGGUGUACAGAGGCAAAAUUAUGAAAAUUGUGUCACUGCCCAAAUACUUAUGGACCAAUAAUCAUAUUGCACAGCCCAAAAAUCAACUUGAACAUCAACAAAUCAACUCAAUCAUUAGCUCUUGGUUAUUUGGGUUAGUUUUUUUUUGUCUCCAGCGUCUCAAUGACAUCACUCAGAAAUCUGUCUGAUCUGAUAUUCAGUGUCAAGAAAACUUCAAAACCAUGUCAUCAGAUGUUUAUUUGCCCACAGAUUUAUUUGCAGUUGGUGAUGUUACUGUUCCUUCAUCUUCUCCAGCCCAACCUCUGAACAAAAGCACUCCAACCUACAACCCUGUUCAGAUUUUUAUAGUGAUGAAAUGUUUACUUUAACUUUCCCCUUCCUUGGUUGAACUUAUCAAUGUAUGCAGAUGGGAAGCUGGUGAGGGAUCAUGUCUUUGUCACUGCAUAUAUCCACUGUGUAACAAAAAAAUCUUUUUUAGUAUUGCUGCCAUUCCUGUAGGUACAGUAGAUUUUAGAAUUUGUAUUUUUGUUAUAAAUGGUUUUAUUGUUGCUGUUUACGAGGGUCUUAAGGCCCAUUUAGAAACUGCUCAGUCUUUGUCAUUUAAGCACAAUGUCACUUUUUUUUGCCAUUUUGUUGCUGCUUCUUGCAAGUUGGGAGUAAAUGACACUACUUAAACAGUGACUAUCACUGUUACAGUUCAUUGCCAAGAACAUGAUGUGUUGAUUUCAUUUUGAGAUCAAGAGUAUUGUGUAUUUGCUCAAUAAAUCAGUGACAAAUAUGUGUACUGUAUUUUAUGCAUAAAUGUUGAAGAAACAUCACCUAUGAAGUCUUGAUAUACCUUAAACCUUGUUGCAUUUGUACAUCAUUCACGUACAAUUGUUUUGUUGCUCAUUUGAAAUGAUUUUGGUUUAAUAAAGUGAUAUCCCUUUUUGA